AUGUCAUCUGCAUCCUCAAGCAACAUGAUCCAUGAUUUCCCCUCUAAACAUAUACCGUCGUCGACGGAGAAUGCAUCAUAUCCUCUUGACAUUCAUUUUCUUUUAAGAACACAGCUUCAAAAAAAGCGACGAUCAAAACAUUUAGAGGGAGGAUCUGAAAACGAUCUAGAGGAGCAUGUUUGCUUGUUAACAAGAAAAAAUCAUAAUGAAGAUGAAAACCUGUCUCUCAGCUCUCUUGAAAGCACUUCUUUGAAGCAGCAAGAUGAAGUAGAGACAAGCGAUUCAGAAGGUGAUUUCGAGAAUGUGAUACGAUUUAUUGAUGAGGGGGUUGACAAAACAGAGCAACUGGGCAAGAAAGUACCUUCUGUCACGUCUAACAUUAUGCAUUGCGACAACAAUUCAACAACCAUCAAUGAAAAGACAACUAAAGACUCUUAUAUUGAGCAGCUGAAAAUCAAAUCUAUGCCAAUAAGCAAAUGCAUGUCAAGCGAGAGCACAUUUCACAAAGGAGAAAGUAAUACAAAUUCAACUGUUGCUACCGAACUUGGUUUGUUUGAGCUGGAGGACGAUGUUGCAUCCUCUUUCUUGACAGGUCAGAAAAAAGACCAAUUGAACACCCAGGAAGACGACAUUUUGCUGGAGGAUGAAGAUGAGAUGGAGAUACCUUCACCCAACUCCACUUCACUCUUCCAUUUGAUGAGGGAAUUGGAGAGAGUCAAGAAGGAAAACCGACAACUCAAGCAGACCAUUCUAGAAUUGCAACAACGAGAAAACAACCAUUCAAAAGUUCAAUGA